GUGCCAGCCAGCGCCCUGUGACACUGCAGUGCAUUGCCCCUGGAAAAUGCCAGAGCGCUCAGAGCGUUGGGUCACUGGUGCCAAGAUUCUCUGUGCAAACAGCCGCCCCCAUUGGGGGGGGUUAUUAUUAUUAUCGAUUUGUUUUAUGUUUUCUCUUUCCCCAAGAAUGUGGCUCAGCCCAUGGGGAUGAGCAGCUGAAAUCUCCGGGGAUCAGCAGGACAAUGCCAGAGCAAGCAUUGUGCUGACGGCUCUGCAAACGCUGGCACCGGCUCCCGGCCAGCAGCACCCUAUAAAAGCCGAGCCGCUGAAGUAGGCAAACAUUACAUGGGGGAAGCAGCAGUAACCGCCUGAGCUAGACACCGUUCCAGCACCAAAGAUGGCUCAGACAAACCCUCUGCCUGUCCCCAUGGGCCCAUGGAAGAUCACUGUGUACGACCAAGAGAACUUCCAGGGCAAGAGGAUGGAGUUCACCUCGGCCUGCCCGAACAUCAUGGAGUGCGGCUUCGACAACAUCCGCUCCAUGAAGGUGGAGUGCGGAGCCUGGGUGGGUUACGAGCACACCGGGUUCUGCGGGCAGCAGUUCAUCCUGGAGAGGGGAGAGUACCCGCGCUGGGACGCCUGGAGCGGCAGCAACGCCUACCACAUCGAGCGGCUCAUGUCCUUCCGCCCCGUCUGCUCCGCUAACCACAAGGAAUCCAGGAUCACCAUCUUUGAGAAGGACAACUUCAUCGGCCGCCAGUGGGAGAUCGCUGAUGACUACCCCUCGCUGCAGGCCAUGGGCUGGGCCAACAACGAAGUGGGCUCCAUGAAGAUCUCGUGUGGCGCCUGGGUUUGCUACCAGUAUCCCGGGUACCGUGGCUACCAGUACAUCCUGGAGGCCGACCACCACGGAGGAGACUACAAGCACUGGAGGGAGUGGGGUUCGCACGCCCAGACCUCCCAGAUCCAAUCCAUCAGGCGUGUCCAGCAGUAGCUCCCCACUUCCCACUACAUCUCUGCAAGGUUUCUAAAGCUCACCGGCUCCCUUUUGGUGCUAAUACUCCCCUCCCGAAAUAACCACCCCUUCUUGUACUGCAAGUGCUUCUGGAACAACACUCCCCAACGGUACCGACUGCCACAAUGCCAAUAAACGUGACUGAAAGAAAAAGAUAAACCAGCUUGGUGGGUGAAUGCUGUUCAUAGAAUCCCACACUGGUUUGGGGUGAAGGGACCUUAAAGCUCAUCCAGCUCCAACCCCGACCACAGGCAGGGACCCCUUCCACUGGAGCAGCUUGCUCCAAGCCCCUGUGUCCAACCUGGCCUUGAGCACUGCCAGGGAUGGGGCAGCCACAGCUUCUCUGGGCACCCUGUGCCAGCGCCUCAGCACCCUCACAGGGAAGAGCUUCUGCCUAAGAGCUCAGCUCAGUCUCCCCUCGGGCAGGUUCAAGCCAUUCCCCUUGUCCUGUCCCUACAUCCCUUGUCCCAAGCCCCUCUCCAGGUUUCCUGCAGCCCCUUUAGGCACUGGAGCUGCUCUAAGGUCUCCCCUUCAGGAGCCUUCUCUUCUCCAGGCUGACCCAGCCCAGCUCUCUCAGCCUGGCUCCAGAGCAGAGCUGCUCCAGCCCUCACAGCAUCUCCAUGGCCUCCUCUGGACUCACUCCAACAGCUCCACAUCCCUCUUGUAUCUGUUGUCUAUCAGGACUGCAGUCACACAUCCCCAUGCCAGCAGCAGGGACCAGACUCCAACUCUCACACACACAAAACACAGCAGCCAAACCCUUGGUGUGGGCUUCUCUUCCUCCCUGCCCUCCCCUUCCCCUGCCAAGGGAUAGGACACUGAGCUCCUGGUCCCACUGAGCAUCCAUGCCUACAC